AUGCUACCUUACUAUGGAAAACCAUCAAAUUUGGAAACUUACCCGACAUCACCGAAGAUCUACCGUAGAGGAUUGGCGAAAACGUUCGUGCGUCGCGCACAGAGGGCCGACCCAGAGCGACAACUUAAUCCCUCGGAAGAUCGUGACGGUAUUUCUUGCGAGACUCUAUCCCGCAGGGAAAAAAAGAUACGAGUCAAUGUCUGUGGAAAACCAUACGUAAUCACUGUUCAACAACUGCUAAGAUUUCCUACAAGUUUGCUAGCAGAUCCAGAAAAAAGAGCACCUUUUCACGAUGAAGAGAACCACGAAUUCUUUUUUGACAGAAAUCGAACGACAUUUGAAAGCAUCUUUUACUUUUACGUAACAAAUGGAAUACUAGUUUUUCCGAGUAAAACGUUCUCGCUACAGCUUUUAGCAGACGAUUUUCAUUUCUUUGGCCUGUACGAGUAUUUGAGCUCGGAAGAAAGGCGACACAGUUUGCCAACUCCAAGUGCAUUUUUUCCAAAGAGAGUGAUAGCCCCCAAAUCAGUUUGUCAAAAAAAGUUUUGGGAAAUUUGCGAGUCUCCAGAUUCAAGCUUCGUCGCACGAAUCACAACGUUGUUUUCGCUGAUGGUAAUUUUGUUCGCCAUUGCUAUUUUGUGCAUUGAAAGUCUUCCAAGCGUACGAAACUCGAAUCUUGUUGAGGAAGUCAUAGAUAGUGGAGUGCACCUUAACAUCAGUACAAACCAAAACAAUGCAAUAGUGACCCACGAUAGCAAUUCCUUCACAGUGAAAUAUUUCACCUCAAGAGCUGAGGAAUUUUGCAUCGCCUGGUUCACACUGGAGUUAAUUAUUCGUUUUCUUGUUUCGCCAGAAAAGCGAAGAUUCCUACUCAAAUUUCUAAACAUCGUGGACAUAGCCGCUAUUUUACCAUUCUACAUUUAUUUGGUCGUGUCCGAAAAGUCGAAAGCACCCCCUGUUUAUCUGAUCAAGAUCUUCCAUCUUUCAAAAAUAUUUCAAGUGCUUAAAGUCUCUCGCUACGCUUCAACGAUGAUAGUGCUUAAAAAAACUGUUACCGCAUGUCUAUCAGAUCUGUGGACGAUGGUUUCUUUAACUCUCACAGGAACCAUUUUAUUUGGGAUUCUUGUGUAUUACUGCGAAACUUGGGACCAAGAAACGGAAUUUCGAAGUAUUCCUCACUCGUUCUGGUGGGCUGUUGUGACAAUUACUACUGUUGGGUAUGGUGAUAUGGUUCCAAACACUCUUGGUAAGUGUAAAAUUCAUUGUCUCUUUAUCAAGGUACUACACAAUUUUCAUUUUUCCAAAGUUGUGGAACAUAAUCUUUUUGACGUCGAGAUAAGAACCCAUAGAAUCUCAUGACGGCUCCAAGCCUUUGAACAAAUCAAAAAGCCGUCCACUGCAUGUGUGACGAUUGCAAGCUAUGACAUCACUAGCUUACAAUUGAUUGGCUGACGCAGCGGAUAGUGAAAUAUAGAUGGCAAACUGUUAGCCGCUUAUCAUUCAUUUAACUCUUAAAGCGCAAAUGACUUUCUUAUCACGAUUUCAUGAUCUUUCUAGAAAAAAAUUCGUGCAGACGGCCGUGUAUGUCUCACACGAUGUAAGAAACAUGUGUUUUGUGCCGUAUACUCUGCAGUAUCUAAGCAACUGCGAAACUGCUCCUCCCCUAACUCAAUACUAAUCCUAACUUGUUAUCGGUUGCUGGGUUGGGGGAAAGGGUAGGUUUGCAUUUGCUCAGAUACUAACAUUGAUUAAAAAAAAAAAAUGAGUGUCAGGAAAAGGUGCCCUUUCUGUACUUGACAGAAAUACAUUUUCUUCUUUUUUCUGCAGGUGGGAAGAUUCUGGGUGGACUGUGCACCAUCUCAGGUGUUAUAUUCAUAACACCUCUUCUGCCGAUCAUUUACAAUAAGUUUGUCCGGUUUCAAAAACUGGAAGACAGCAAGCCGUUAUGUCAAUGUCGAUAAAGUGAACUGGUCACUAAAUUGAAUGCAAUGCACGUUGUGAUCACCUGAUGACAUGAUAACAAUUUACCGCACACUUUCUCGUAAGUUCCUCGUCUAGAGCUUCUAUUUCUGACGGGCCCUUUACUCCUCUUAAACCGACGUUACUUCUCUGGGCCCCUUGCCAGCCUCUGCUCAGAAAAUGAGCCAGAAUCGGGAGGAAAGAGGACAGGAUCCGAGAAAACGGCGCAAAUUUAGACUACAUUCCCUCUUAGGGUUCCAUACUGGUUUAAUUUUUAAUAACACAGAUGGCUCCAAACGGUAGAUAGCUAUGAACAACAGUAGUAAAUAAAGAGAUUUAUUC